CCGGGGCGCCAUGGCGGCGGCGGCGGCUGCAGGCCCGGGGCCCGGGGUGGCGGCCUGCGGGCCCGAGGCGGCUCCGGGCCGGCCGUGGGAGGCCGAGGGCGACGGCGACGGCGACGGCGACCAGACCCCGGUGCGGCCGCGCUGCAAGCCCCGCGGCAUCUGCUCGCGCGCCUACUUCUUGGUGCUCAUGGUCUUCGUGCACCUGUACCUGGGCAACGUGCUGGCUCUGCUGCUCUUCGUGCACUACAGCAACGGCGACGAGGCCGGAGAGUCCCCGCAGCACCGCGCCCCGAACCCGGGCCCGGCGCCCACGCUGGGCCCCCUGGCCCGGCUCGAGGGCAUCAAGGUGGGCCACGAGCGCAAGGUGCAGCUGGUCGCCGGCCGGGACCACCUGAUUCGCACCCUGAGCCUCAAGCCGCUGCUCUUUGAAAUCCCUGGCUUCCUGAGUGAUGAGGAAUGUCGACUCAUAAUCCACCUGGCACAGAUGAAGGGCUUACAGCGCAGCCAGAUCCUGCCCACCGAAGAGUAUGAAGAGGCCCUGGGGACCAUGCAAGUCAGCCAGCUGGACCUCUUCCAGCUGCUGGACCAGAACCGGGACGGUCGCCUGCAGCUCCGUGAGGUCCUGGCCCAGAACCGUUUGGGAAAUGGACGGUGGAUGACUCCGGAAAACAUUCAGGAGAUGUACUCCGCGAUCAAGGCUGACCCUGAUGGGGAUGGGGUGUUGAGCCUGCAGGAGUUCUCCGACAUGGACCUCCGGGACUUCCACAAGUACAUGAGGAGCCGCAAGGCGGAGUCCAGCGAGCUGGUGAGGAACAGCCACCACACGUGGCUGUACCAGGGGGAAGGAGCCCACCAUGUCAUGCGUGCCAUUCGGCAGAGGGUGUUGCGCCUCACUCGCCUGUCACCAGAGAUCGUGGAGCUCAGUGAGCCGCUGCAGGUCGUGCGCUAUGGUGAGGGAGGCCACUACCAUGCCCAUGUGGACAGCGGGCCUGUGUACCCUGAGACCAUCUGCUCGCAUACCAAGCUGGUAGCCAAUGAAUCUGUACCCUUUGAGACAUCCUGCCGCUACAUGACAGUGCUGUUUUAUUUGAACAACGUCACCGGUGGAGGUGAGACUGUCUUCCCAGUGGCAGACAACAGGACCUACGACGAAAUGAGUCUAAUUCAGGAUGAUGUUGACCUCCGGGACACUCGGAGACACUGUGAUAAGGGGAACCUGCGUGUCAAGCCCCGACAGGGGACAGCCGUCUUCUGGUACAACUAUUUGCCUGAUGGGCAAGGCUGGGUGGGCGACGUGGACGACUACUCCCUGCACGGGGGCUGCCUGGUCACGCGCGGCACCAAGUGGAUCGCCAACAACUGGAUCAACGUGGACCCCAGCCGGGCCAGGCAGGCCCUGUACCAGCAGGAGAUGGCGCGCCUGGCCCGCGAGGCGGCGGGGCCGGACGCGCAGCCCGAGUGGGCGCUGGACCGGGCCUACCGCCACGCGCGGGUGGAGCUCUAG